UCACACAUCGGAUCUUUCACAGAUCAGCUUAUUGCCUUUCUGCAACAGUCCUAAGUGCACAAGGAGAGAGAGAGAGAACGCGAGAAAGACAGAGAAUGGAACUGAAACUGGUUGCUUUGCUUCUUAUUUCUUUCACAGUUCUUCUACACACAGUGGAAGCAAUGCCAACCAGCCGAGUAGUUAACUGUUGCACACGGGUAUCGAACAAAAUCAACUUGAGGAUGUUGAAAAGUGCGAAGAGUUUCGAGGUCCAGCAUCAAAGGGCCUGCACCAUCAAGGCAGUGAUACUCCGCAUUGCUCAUCAUACAAUCUGUAUUGAUCCCAACAAUGCAACUUUGCGGAAAUGGAUGCACAAACAUCAGAAUAAGAAGAAUGUUUCUUAAGGUGUUAAGAAGUUGUACUGUGUCAGAAAAGGAGGACUGAUUAGAAAAUAAGGAACAUGGUCUACACUCAGCAUUGGGGCCUAGAGAUCUCUGAGAUACCCUCAGACCUCACUCCCACAGAUAAAUACCUGCAUAAAACAUCACCAUCUGUGUCCCCAUUCCACUGAUGUCAACCUUUUGUUCCUUUGGAUCCCAAUUGCUGCCUACGUGAAGUCAUUGGAAUGGUAAAUAUAACCUCGGCUAUGCUGUUUUCUCAACCCCUUGGUCACCGGGCGCACUUCACGCCCAUCACAGUGAAGUCUCAGUCACUGAUUGGAGGUCAGCCAAAGAGAGUGCAACAUUAAAUGUCAAAACAGCCACAGGAGUGGCAAACGAACAACUUGAGUCCACUUCGGAGCACUCUUCCCACGUCUCCCAUCCACCAUAUCUUCUUACCAUCAUUUACCAGCUUAAUUAUGCUAACGGAAUGGACUGAAAACUUGCAUAAUGUGAUUUGUUUGUGUGUCCUGUUGUAAAUCACAGCAAUGCUUUUAAAAAUUGAGAUGCAAAAGGUGUGAUUGGUUUUUGAUUACAAACAGAAAUCCAAGCCAACGGGAAUCUGAUCCAGCAUGAUCCUUCAGUGCUGGGAUCUUAUCCAGUCAUUUCCCAGUUAGUCAAUCCAGAUUCAAUGCAAUUUGUCUGACCUCAGAAAAAUGAAUUGAUUGCAACGGGCCAUACCAGUGCUUACAUAUAAUCUUUAGACUGUUGACUGAUAGAAAUGGAACAGUAGACUCCUGUGUACUUUAAUGUCAGUGGUGAAUAAACUAUUGUUCUCUUUGAUUGUAUUUAAUCAAUUAAAUGAUGCACUGUGUAAUAAAAUGAUUUUUUUGAAGAAA